ACAGUAAGUACAGUCUCAGAGAGGCCAGCAACUGUCCAACACAACACUGCAAGUAAGAAGAAGGAAAGUUAUUGUUUUGCUUAAUAAUAACGCCUUACGCUUCAGGGCUAAAGAAAAGGCUUGUCUUACAGAAAUUAAACUCCAAUCACAGAGAGGUGUGGACUUCAGUAAGGCCCUGGGGCUGUUUUGUGGCCCGAGGGCAGGUUAUCCUGCAGCUUUGGCACCGCCCGGCGAGUUCCGGCCUCCGGGCACCUGGGCAGGUGGGCGUUGGGCGGGCUCCGGGCUGCGGGCGGACCUGGGCCGCCCCGCCCCCACCCCGCCCCGGCCACCCCCGGGCUGCUCCGAGGGGACCCCGGGCCCACCACACCCCACCUCCAUCCCUGGAGCGCGUCCCGGAGCGGGCGGGCGGCCGGCGGGCCAGGCCCCUCCCCGGCGCCGAGCCGCGGCCGCGCGGAGGAAGCGGAGGAGGCGGGAGCGAAGACCUCGCUGCGCUCAUGGCGUCGCCCGGGAUAGAAGUGGAAUUACUGGGCAAAGGGCAUUCAGAUUUGGGAGAAGUAGCCCCAGAAAUAAAAGCAUCAGAGAGACGGACAGCUGUGGCCAUUGCAGAUUUGGAAUGGAGAGAAAUGGAAGGAGAUGAUUGCGAGUUCCGUUAUGGAGAUGGUGCAAAUGAGGCUCAGGACAAUGAUUUUCCAACAGUGGAGAGAAGCAGGUUUCAAGAAAUGCUGUCACUUUUGGGCCUAGAGACGUACCAGGUCCAGAAACUCAGUCUCCAGGACUCUCUACAGAUCAGUUUUGACAGCAUGAAGAACUGGGCCCCUCAGGUUCCCAAAGACUUGCCCUGGAAUUUCCUCAGGAAGCUGCAGGCCCUCAAUGCUGAUGCCAGGAAUACCACCAUGGUGCUGGACGUGCUCCCAGAUGCCAGGCCUGUGGAGAAGGAGAGCCAGAUGGAAGAGGAAAUCAUCUACUGGGACCCCGCUGAUGACCUUGCUGCUGACAUUUAUUCAUUUUCUGAGCUGCCCACCCCGGACACGCCAGUGAACCCCUUAGACCUUCUCUGUGCCCUGCUGCUCUCCUCAGACAGUUUCCUGCAACAAGAAAUACUGUUGAAAAUGGGUCUCUGCCAGUUUGCACUCCCGCUCGUGUUGCCUGACUCAGAGAACCACUACCAUACAUUUCUGCUGUGGGCCAUGCGGGGCAUUGUGAGGACAUGGUGGUCCCAGCCCCCAAGGGGCGUGGGGAGCUUCCGGGAAGACAACGUGGUCUUGUCCAGGGCGCCCGCCUUCGCCUUCGUGCGCAUGGAUGUCAGUAGCAACUCCAAGUCUCAGCUUCUCAACGCCGUCCUCAGCCCAGGCCACAGGCAGUGGGACUGCUUCUGGCAUCGGGACCUCAACUUGGGUACCAAUGCCCGGGAGAUUUCGGAUGGGUUGGUAGAAAUUUCCUGGUUUUUUCCCAGCGGAAGGGAGGACCUGGACAUUUUCCCAGAACCUGUGGCCUUUCUGAACCUGAGAGGUGACAUCGGGUCUCACUGGCUGCAGUUUAAGCUCUUGACAGAAAUCUCCUCCGCCGUGUUCAUAUUGACUGACAAUAUCAGUAAGAAGGAAUACAAAUUGCUGUACUCCAUGAAGGAGUCAACCACAAAAUACUACUUCAUCCUGAGUCCCUACCGUGGGAAACGUAACACAAACCUGAGAUUUCUGAAUAAGUUAAUUCCUGUGCUGAAAAUAGACCACUCGCAUGUCCUGGUGAAGGUCAGCAGCACCGACAGCGACAGCUUCGUGAAGAGGAUCCGGGCCAUCGUCGGGAAUGUGCUGCGGGCACCCUGCAGGCGGGUGUCUGUGGAGGACAUGGCACACGCAGCCCGCAAGCUGGGCCUAAAGGUCGACGAGGACUGUGAGGAGUGUCAGAAGGCGAAAGACCGGAUGGAGAGGAUUACCAGGAAAAUCAAGGACUCGGAUGCCUACCGAAGGGAUGAGCUGAGGCUGCAGGGGGACCCCUGGAGAAAGGCAGCCCAAGUGGAGAAGGAGUUCUGCCAGCUCCAGUGGGCCGUGGACCCCCCCGAGAAACACAGGGCUGAGCUGAGGCGGCGGCUGCUAGAACUUCGAAUGCAGCAGAACGGCCACGAUCCCUCCUCGGGGGUGCAGGAGUUCAUCUCGGGGGUCAGCAGCCCCUCCCUGAGUGAGAAGCAGUACUUCCUGAGGUGGAUGGAGUGGGGCUUGGCGCGGGUGGCCCAGCCAAGACUGAGACAGCCUCCGGAGACGCUUCUCACCCUGAGACCAAAGCACGGGGGCCCCACAGACUUGGGGGAGCCGCUCUGGCCUGAGCCCCUGGGGGUGGAACACUUCCUGCGGGAGAUGGGACAGUUUUAUGAGGCCGAGAGCUGCCUUGUGGAGGCAGGAAGGCUGCCGGCAGGCCAGAGGCGUUUUGCCCACUUCCCCGGCUUGGCCUCGGAGCUGCUGCUGACAGGGCUGCCUCUGGAGCUGAUCGAUGGGAGCACCCUGAGCAUGCCUGUCCGCUGGGUCACGGGGCUCCUGAAGGAGCUGCACAUCCGACUGGAGAGACGCUCAAGGCUGGUGGUCCUGUCAGCCCUUGGGGUGCCGUGCACAGGCAAGUCCACGCUCCUCAACACCAUGUUUGGGCUGCGGUUUGCCACAGGGAAGAGCUGCGGUCCUCGGGGAGCCUUCAUGCAGCUCAUCACAGUGGCCGAGGGCUUCAGCCAGGACCUGGGCUGUGACCACAUCCUGGUGAUAGACUCCGGGGGGUUGAUAGGUGGGGCCUUGACCUCAGCUGGGGACAGGUUUGAGCUGGAGGCUUCCUUGGCCACUCUGCUCAUGGGGCUGAGCAACGUCACCGUGAUCAGCUUAGCUGAAACCAAGGACAUUCCAGCAGCUAUUCUGCAUGCAUUUCUGAGGCUGGAAAAAACAGGGCACAUGCCCAACUACCAGUUUGUAUACCAGAACCUUCAUGAUGUAUCUGUUCCUGGCCCCAGGCCAAGAGACAAGAGACAGCUCCUGGAUCCACCUGGUGACCUGAGCAGAGCUGCAGCCCAGAUGGAGAAACAGGGUGACGGCUUCCGGGCACUGGCAGGCCUGGCCUUCUGCGAUCCUGAGAAGCAGCAUAUCUGGCACAUCCCUGGCCUGUGGCACGGAGCACCUCCCAUGGCCGCGGUGAGCUUGGCCUACAGUGAAGCCAUAUUUGAAUUGAAGAGAUGUCUACUCGAAAACAUCAGGAACGGCCUCUCCAACCAAAACAAAAACAUCCAGCAGCUCAUUGAGCUGGUGAGACGGCUGUGAGUGUGCAGAGAAACCCGGGUCAGGUGUAGGAGGCUGCUGUCUGAUGGGGCAGCCCUGUCUGAUGGGGCAUCCAUGUGGGGCUGUGCCCUGGUGCCUGAGAAUGGCCGGUGCCCAAUCGACAUGAGAAGACAAGCAAAAGACAGAGGGUUUGGGGUCUCCUCAACAGCGUUCAGAGAGGAGGUGACCUCACAGACCAGCUCAGACGUGUUACCAGGAAUAUAACAGCGCCCAGGGUAGGGAGACAAGCAGAAGUUUGUUCUGUCUCAGCUCCUGUCAAGGAUCCCGUGGGGUGGGCCCUCUGUACAGCUGCUCUCUGUCACUGGCCCCUGGAGUGGGAGCAGCGUCCUGAGUCACUACAGGCCCAGGCAGGCAGGUGGUCCCAGGACAGAGGUGGGGAAGUUGUCCUGAGAAAGCAGAGGCAGGCCUUGCUCCAGCUCAACCCAAGGGCCUCCAGUGGACCAGCAUUCGAGAUGUAAGUGCUGGUGGUGUGCAAGGCACUCCCAUGGCACCGUAUUUAUUGACUGAUCUGUGAAGGCUUCCCUGACCCCUGCCCAGGAAGAGUUCAUUGGUCGCCCUGUUGUGCCCCACAGCACUUUGUUAUACCUCUGCCACACACUUCACGCAGUGCGUUGUAACUCAUGUGUUUACAUGUGUGUCCCCCAGACUGUGAGCUCCUUGAGGGCAGGGACUGUACAUUCUCCAGCUCUGUGUCCCCAGGGCCUGGCACAUUGUAGACGCUUAAUAAAUGUCUGUUGAAUGAAUGAAUGCA